AUGGAUCAAUUUCAGAUCGUCAGGGAAGAGAACAAGCAGCAGGAGAUGCAUGCCGAUGAAACGACGAGGUUAAGUCGUGAAGAAAAGGCCGUGAACUCUCAAUCAAGGCUGCGUCCUGCGUGGAAUACGAAGCAAAAUACGGAAGGCCGGCCCUGCGCGGGCGGCGAUGGCGUUGCAGGCGUCGAGGAGCGCGACGCCCGCAUCGAGGUGGGCGGCGACGGCGGCAGACGCGGCGCCCCCCUAGCCGGCGGCGGAGGAGAGCGCGGGCGCGACGUCCUCGAGCGUGGCCAUGAGGAGGUCGGCCAGACGCAACAGCGCCGCGAGCGGGGAGGAUGGCAAGGGCAGCAUGCUCCCGAGGCGCGCAGUGAGGGCGGCGUCGAAGCGGGAGACCACCCCCCGGUGCCGCGGGCGUCGGCCCCUCGGACCGAGCUCACCAAGCUGGGCGUUGUGCUCUGUCGCUCUCUGUGUUCCGCGGGUGCCGCGCGCGACGCCCUGCGGCUCCUCUUCACAAGCAGGUUCAGGUGUUGGUUGUGUGCGAGCCAUGAACCGUGGCAAUGGCAAAGGCGGCGCGAGGAACGGUACGAUGCUGGAGCUGCAACUGAACCUGUCGCCGCCGGUGAUGAUGGAUGUGGACGGCGGCCACGGCCACGACGACAGCGGGUCGUCCUCGCCGAGCUCCUACGUGUCGUCGGAUGGCAGCCCCGGAAGCAAGUAGCCGAUGGUGAUCGGGGCCUGCACGCGGUGCCUCGUGUACUGCAUGGUGGAGAAGGACUUCCCCACCUGCAUCAACUGCAAGCAGCCCUGCCUCGUGGACCUCCUCCAGCAGGGGGCGCCGGCGCCUCCGCGGACGGCGAGAAGAAGCGCGGCAGGCGCAAGUGAAGACCUCCCGCAAGUGAAGACCGUGGUGCGGGCGCGUGCCUGUUAUACGUCCUAGCUUAGCAUACACCAUACGUCCUAGCUUAGCUCUCCAGGCCAAUCAGUUAUGACCAUAGUUAUUCCAUCUCCUUCAAAUUGUUGUCAUCUUUCACCGUGCUGUAAGUAUCAAAGUAGAUGAGAUGUACACGUAGUCUAGAUUGGAAGCAGAAUAUGUGUUGUAGUGCUAUAAUAGUGAAUUAUGUGAU